GAGUCGGCUCAGCGCGGUCGAUUUGAAUCCGUCUGCGCUCGGCCUCUCUUAAGCAGGCGCUGCUAAGCCGCCGCCUCCGCUUCCUCCGCCGGUUCUUCGGAAGGUGCGUCCUUGUUUUCGCAGGGAGGCGAGGGGAACGGCUGGAAGCAGUGGGGCUGGCCCGGGCGGAGAGGGCCUUUUCAUAUUGAGGAAUAAUGGACGACUACACGAAAAUAGAAAAGAUUGGUGAAGGCACUUAUGGUGUUGUGUAUAAAGGCAAACACAAAGCUACAGGCCAAGUGGUGGCCAUGAAGAAAAUCCGGUUAGAGAACGAUGAAGAAGGUGUUCCCAGCACUGCAAUCAGAGAGAUUUCCUUAUUAAAAGAGCUACGUCAUCCCAACAUAGUCUGUCUUCAGGAUGUGCUUAUGCAAGACUCAAGACUUUACCUGAUAUUUGAAUUUCUUUCUAUGGAUCUCAAGAAAUACUUGGACUCCAUCCCAUCUGGGCAGUACCUAGAUCGUAUGCUUGUUAAGAGUUACUUGUACCAAAUCUUGCAAGGUAUUGUGUUCUGUCACUCGAGGAGAAUUCUGCACAGAGACCUGAAGCCUCAGAACUUGUUGAUCGAUGACAACGGAGUAAUUAAACUGGCCGACUUUGGCCUGGCUCGAGCUUUCGGCAUCCCCGUGCGGGUCUACACCCAUGAGGUAGUAACUCUGUGGUACAGAGCUCCAGAAGUGCUGCUAGGUUCUGCACGUUACUCCACACCUGUCGAUAUAUGGAGCAUAGCGACAAUAUUUGCUGAAAUGGCAACCAAGCAAGCACUCUUCCGUGGAGAUUCAGAAAUUGAUCAGUUGUUCAGGAUCUUCAGAGCUUUGGGGACGCCCAACAAUGACGUGUGGCCGGAAGUAGAAUCCUUGCAGGAUUACAAGAACACUUUCCCCAAGUGGAAACCCAGCAGUCUGGCCUCUCUGGUGAAAAACCUGAAUGAGGAUGGACUAGACCUGCUUUUGAAAAUGUUGACCUAUGAUCCAGCAAAAAGGAUUUCUGGUCGCGUGGCUCUGAAUCAUCCUUACUUUGAUGACUUGGACAAAUCCAAACUACCAGCCAAUCGGAUCAAGAAAUGCUAACUGCCCCUGAAACAACCUGAAUGUGGUUGAAGCAGAAAUACUGAAACUCGUGGUAUUUCCCCCCACUGUCGAAGUUUAUUGAUAUCCCUGUUUUUAUAUGUGUCUGUCUUGUCCUAUUCUAAAACUGUAGCCCUGUCUAUAGAGUGCUUUGGUUUGAAUCUUCCUUUAAUUGUAAAUAUUAACCUAUUCACUUUCAAUAAAGCUGUACACUGCUCAGUGAA